AUGCCUGAGUGCCCCAAUUUUGAUUUGAAUUGUAUGAUAGUAGAGCCUCUUAUCCAGCUUCCUUUUCCACCUACGAUUACCGCUCUUGAAAUCGUUCAAAAACGUCCUCAUUCAAGAAUUCGGUCUAAAAGUCCAAAUGCCUUCUUUAUUUAUAGAAAAGCGUGUUUUGACCAACUUUCACGUUCAAAUCAACGCUAUCAAAUGACUUAUGUAUCUAAAUUAGUCAGCAAAUAUUGGAAAAACGAAACUGAACAGGUUAAGACUGAGUAUAAAAGGAUUGCGGAUGAGGUCGAGGUGAAGCUGAAUGAAGAACGGAUAAAAGAUUUGGUUUACUCAGAUGCUUCGACAAAACCAAAGCGUAAUCUCAAAAAAGGGAAAAGAAUUCGAAAGAAAUGCGAUCGUAAUAAUAAUAAAGGCGAGGGAUCGAACAACCGUAAUAGACAAAAUAAUUCGCAACUUAUGGAAUCGCAAAUUCAUUUCGAUCGCGAUCACGAUCACAAUCAAUCGAUGGAUUAUUUUGGCGGACAAUAUUUUUACGAUAACCAGCUAAUGGAUAUUUUUUAUGAUGAUGAUACACUUUAUGGUUCUAUGAAUUAA